AGUUGCGUCUUCCUUACUCUUCUGACUGCCACUGGUUUCCCGCCAGGAUGACGUCAGGCCAAAGUUAUUUUUUAUGAAUGGAGGCGGUCACCAGGAGUCGGUGGCGUCAGCGCUUGCGGAAGCAUGUUGAUACAUUGUUGUUUUGUAGUUAAUUUAGAAUUUUGAUACUUUUCGGUCAAUAGCUUGAAGGCCGCUCCAGUUUGAUACUCACACCGACAAGUCCUUGGCGCCAUCACGACUCACAAGAUCCGCGUCCACAAGCUGUUUUUCAGUGGGAUUCUGGCCAGUUGAAUGAAUCCAGGGUAUGACGACUAAUCACAGAGGAAGCAAAGCUUUAAAGGUGAAGAAGGAGGCAGGUGAGAAUGCUCCUGUGCUAAGCGAUGAUGAACUGGUCUCCAUGACGGUUCGAGAGCUGAACCAGCACCUGCGCGGCCUCACCAAGGAGGAUGCGGUGCGGCUGAAACAACGCCGGCGGACUCUGAAGAACCGUGGCUACGCUGCCAGCUGCCGUAUUAAACGCGUCACGCAGAAGGAGGAGCUGGAGCAGCAAAAGGCAGAGCUCCAGCACGAGGUGGAUAAGCUGGCCCAGGAGAAUGCCAGCAUGAAGCUAGAGCUGGAAGCCCUCCGCUCCAAUUACGAGGCCCUGCAGAGUUUUGCCAGGUCCGUAGCACGGGGGCCGAUCCCACCAGCCAAGGUGGCAGCCACCACCAGCGUCAUCACCAUCGUCAAAUCAGCUGACCACAAGACAAGCUCUGCUCACUUCUCCAGUCCGUCCUAGUGCCAUACUGUGAGUGCUCGGGUCAGGGUGUCCUGUGGCACUGACAUUGGGUGCCCAGUGCCUAUUGCAUCCUUCAUUAUACCCAUCACCCUCUUGCCAGUCCAUACAGUUAAUUUUCAGACAACCUCAGUGUGAUUUCUCUUGGACACCUAAUUCCGUCAGAAACUUUUGUUCAGUCCCGUAAAUUUUGUGUUUGUGCUACAAAAUUCCCAGUACUGGCUAGGCAUCACCUCUCUUUGGGAAACCCGACAGACAACAAAGCAGUUAAUCCAAAUCUACAUUUUCUACCUUAUAACAACAGAAGCACUAUGGUCUAAAAGCACUAUGGUCUAAAAAAAGGAUGUGUUUUCUAAAUUGGGGCCAUUUGUGGUACUGACACUACCACAGUAAGAAAAUACAAGCGGAAGUCUUUAAUUCUUCAUAUAAAUUGCUGCUCUCGGUUCCUUACGGUACUAAAAUAAAAACACUUCACUGCAAACUGUUACAGUACAAAAACAAAUCCCUCACUAAAAUACAUAUAUAGCAUUUCUACAUUUUCCAGAGAAUGUUGUUUACAUAUCAGAGCCGUUAAAAAAAAGAAGUUAUUUUGUUAUACAGUACUAAGAUUCAAGUCACUAGAGAGGUUUUAAUGAAUUAAAUGUUGUUUUAAAUUAACAAUCUAUUUUUUUUUACAUUUAGAAUUGUAUGCAGUUAAUGUAUGGAGGCGCACAAAUAAUAAGCACAUGGUUAUGUAAAUGUUUGUAUGCUCCUGAUAGUUUGCUAUCGAUGCCAUUUUUUAUGGUAAGUAAUCCAUAUUGGAUAGAGAGAUGGGGGCUGGCUUUGCAAAAUAAUAAAAAAAUAAUAAUAUAAAGCAUAUUAAAUAUUGUUUCAGUUUAAACAGAUUCAAAGCUAACAAUCACAGCUUUCACUCCCAGAGAAGAGACUCUUCUCUGAAAUCCGUCCCCUUUGCCAAGUCGGUUCACGAUGCCAUUGCCGGUGCUGGGUAGCUUCAAUGCAACAUAUUUAUGGUCAUAAGAUAAUAUAACAAGUAAAAAUCAAUACAUUCCAAGAGUCUACUCCAGUUUGUCAGGAAUAGGAGGGGAGUAAAGUAGUCUGAUUUUUUACUGUUAAAGUAGAAAUGUCUGUAACAACUGACAUUCACAGAUUUACAAAAAGGAACAAUAUUGCAGCAAGAAACGUUUGCGUGUUUUUUUUUUAUAUAUAUAUCCCAAGAACAGUGAGAUUAUUUGCACUUUUCUGAAAAAUGAUGGCGACUAUUGCAACUGCAAGCCAGUCGUCCAGUUACCUUAUUUUUUAAAUGUGUAUCUUUUGGAAUAUUCGGCUGGUUUUGCAGACCGAGAUUAGCCCUCAAGUACCUUCUGUUAAAUUAGGUAACAUUUCAAGUCCAAAGGCUGUUGACCGCUAGCUAAGUGUCUAAAAACUGGAGCGGAUUUGGUAUUGUUCCUUUUUACUCUGUGAACGCGACUUUACACUCUGCUCCCAACAGCCCUUCUCUGCACAGCAGCAGGUGGGGCGUACAAUAACUGGUGCUGUCAGGCCAUCUGCAUACCCAAGGAAGAUAUUGCUGUGCUCGUUAUUGUUCCCAUAUAUGUUUCCUGUGUAGUUUUUAGUGUCCAGGGCAUGAAAUCAGCACCAUCCAAAUAACAAAUUGUUCUUUAUUUUAUUUCUCAUAUUUAAAUCGGCAAUAAAAUUGAACUUUUAAAUUCUGAAAAAGAGACAAAAUAUUCUCUCUUGUAAUUUACAUAAUUGGUUAUCAAAAUCAUAUGCUGUCAAUUAAUCUUAGAAAUGAAACUACUGUUAAUUGUGAAAUUAUGUUUUGAACCUUUUUUUUUUUUUUUUUUUUUUUUUAAUCAUUCUCUAUCCAAGUAUCUGUGUGGCUUGCUUUAGUCUUUGCAGACACCUGGUGGCAAGUAUUUAGUAAAGUAACACAAAAAUGAGUUUUCUGUACAAGCUUGAUAUUGAUCUAGGAAUGUGUCUAAAAAGUGUGAGCAUUCAAAGAAAAAAACAGCAACCUAAUAUUUGAUCAAAAGCUUAGGAAAUUGUCUUUUAGGUGUAUUUGUAGUUUCCCAGAUUCAGCCAACAGGCACCGUCCGCUUGUAAAGCCAUCUUAAGAGUUAGACAUGCUGUACUCUGUAUCUGCAGAUUUUGUUACCUCUUAAAGGCUAGCAUUGUAUAUACACGUUCCUUGCAUGCAAAGCACUUGUAUCUCAUAAUCCUACCUUCUGCAGAACCUCACCUGGAUUGGUGCUCAGCUAAUGUCUGAUAGAAAGUGAACCUCUGGUAAACAUCUAGGGGUUUCGUUAUGUGAGAAAUAAUUAAUAAUGGACAUUCUCCAUUGAUAAAAUUGACAGAUUUCAAAUGUAGACAAAAGGUAAUAUUUGUGCCAAGAUGUUUUAUUUAUU